AUGUCGCUUAUGGCUAGAGGUGAGACAGUCGCCCGCAAAGACGUCGAAGUCCUCAACACUGCUGCUGCGCGCUAUCACUUCCUCCUAUGGUGGCGUGGGUUGAGCGCUGCACCCGCAGCCGGCAUCGGCGCCAUCGGGCUCGUCACCUCGGCAAACUACGCCAACUCGGAGGCCGCGAGUCAGCGGCGGGCAGAGGCUACCGCUGGCUGCUGCCACAUCCAUGGCAUGGAAGACUCGGCUGCCUGGCGGAGAUAUGUCUGCUGCUACCUCUUUGGCUGCGCCAUCCCGCUAUCCCCGCCCGAGAAGCACUGCCAUCUCGACUCGCUCUCUGACGACGAAAUCAGCGCCUCGAGCGACGACACCACACGCUCCUCUGACGACGACGCCACUACGUACACUUGGAUCGAUAGCUUUGACUCAGACUCAGGCUCGGGAUCAGGCUCAGGCUCAAGCUCAGGCUCACCAUCGUCGCAGUCGCCGUCGCUGCGCGACCGCUCGUCGUGGUCGGCCGAUGGAGGAGCGAUGAGCAGCAUCGAGGUCCUGAUGGUGGACGAUGCGGCGCUCGAGCUGAAGACAGUGGAACGGUGGAUCAAGGCGGCAAGGCGGCCGCUUGUGCUUGGACGCGGGUUGUACUAUCGGGCGCGGCUGAUGCUGAGAAAGGCACGCAAGGUAGCUGCCUCGUGCUCGCGGCUCCGGGGCGCCUCCCUCAACGAGUGGUCCAGCCUCAUGGGCGCAGCGCUUGGCGAUGCAGAGUCGGCCAACACUCUCGGCUUUGUUCCUGCCGAGUUUGUUCGUGCUCGGGUCUAUGCCGAACUCGGCAUGGUGGCCGAGGCUCUCGUCGCCGCCCAGGUCCUGGAGCACUGGCUCCCCACAGCUUCGUACACGGCUCUCGACGAGGCCUCUUCGCUGGCCUACUCGUCAUCGUCGGUGCUCGCCUCGGACUCGCCGCGCUCGGGCUCGGCGCCGCCUGUGAUCGACACUCGUCCCAGAGGGGACAAGUCGGACGACGACACGCGGGUAGCGUCUGGGCUCGCCACUCUCGCUACCGACUCGCCGGUCGCCUUUAUUCUUCGCGUCCACAUCCGGUUCCUCCGCGCGGUGGUUUUCUUCCGCAUGGGCGACGUCGCGGCGUCCAUGACGGUCCUUGCCGCCCUUGCCCUCUUCAUUCGAUCGUGCUCGUUCUUCCUGCGCUCGCCGCAGCUAACGGCGUUUGCCAAGGCCUCGCUCCGCAACAUCCACGCCACCCGCUCGUACCUCAAGCAGCACCGUCCGCUUCGUCCCAAGAAGCGGCACCUGUUUACCUCGCGCUCGCGCUCGCGCUCGAGCUCGUCAAGCUCGUCAAGCUCGUCCAGCUUGUCCUCAGACUGGAGCAUUAACUGGAGCUAG